CUUCCAGCAGCAGCCUAUCAUCAGAUUUUCACAUCCAAAACAAUGUUGUCCAUCAGAACUGCCCUCCGUGCGUCGAAUGCGCUUCGACCCGGUGUGUCCGGCCGCAGUGUCGUGUCGCCAUCCCUAUCAAUGGUCCGGGCCUACCACGAAAAAGUGAUCGACCAUUACACGAACCCUCGCAAUGUCGGCUCCCUGAAUCGUAAAUCCUUGGACGUUGGUACUGGCCUUGUCGGUGCCCCAGCCUGUGGUGACGUUAUCCGACUUGACAUCCAGGUCGACGAGGCCACCGGAAAAAUUGUUGAGACUCGGUUCAAGACCUUUGGCUGUGGCUCCGCUAUCGCUAGCUCCAGUUAUCUGACAACGCUAUUGAAGGGAAAGAGCUUGGAUGAAGCGGCUAAGAUUUCGAAUACCCAAAUUGCCUCUGAACUCUGCCUGCCACCUGUGAAGUUGCAUUGCUCUCUCCUUGCCGAAGAUGCCGUCGGAGCCGCUAUCAAGAAUUAUAAAUCGAAGAGGCUUGCCGCUACUGCCACAAAUCUCGCAGGAACAGAGAAGGAGCUCCCCAAGGAGAGUGCUCAGGCUUGAAGGUUAUUAUAACAUACCAGCUGGUGCAAAUUGGAACCGUCCAUAUAUCUCCCAAAAGUGUUUGUGUCCCGGAUCAUAAAUUGUUAGGAGGGGGGUUUUUUUUGGUGAACUUCUGAAUAGCUGUACUCUAGUCGUGUGGUUUUUUUUUUCCUGCAUUUUUUUUUUUGUUUUUGAUGGUGUUCAUGAUAUUAGAUUCCCAAGCGCAGUAAAUAUGCAAUUUCAGCAUGUUACACUUACUUUUUGUAGGAGAUCAAAAUUAUAGAGUGGUAGAAAGAAGGGAUCCAAAGAAAACGUCUCUGAUAGCCUGAUUAUCAUUUCCAAGCA